AUGGUGAACAGGCUCUCUGUCGAGCAGCAAGCGCGAGCCGCCAAAGCAUACAUUCUACAGGAACUCCGGGAGACUGAAGAUGGCCGCUCUGUACUUAAGGACAAGGACUUCUUUGAGAGGCUGGAUAUGAACUUUAUCACCAUCUUUGGUAUCUUCGCCGAACUCUAUGGCUAUCGGCACGACUGCUUAGAUCAACUCGUGGAUCUGAUCACAAUGUGCGGAAAGAGCUGGCAGACGAGGUCGCCGGAACUACGGAAAAUUGACAAGCAGCGAGAACUGGAUCCCGAAUGGUAUCUGUCGAAUCAGAUGGUGGGAGGGGUCUGCUACGUCGACCGGUAUGCAGGCAAUCUGGCCGGGAUCAAGGCGCGGAUUCCGUAUUUCAAGGAGUUGGGGUUGACUUAUCUGCAUUUGAUGCCUCUCUUCCUCGCACCUCAGCCCCUCAACGAUGGUGGAUACGCCGUGUCAAGCUAUCGAGACGUCCAGCCUGAACUUGGCACCAUCGACGAACUCAGAGAUUUGGCCACUGCGUUGAGAGAAGCCGGUAUCAGCCUGGUGCUGGAUCUGGUGUUCAACCAUACCUCGAAUGAGCACCAGUGGGCGAAGAAAGCAGCCGAGGGCGACCCAGAGCAUUCUGCUAUGUACUGGAUAUUCCCCGACCGCGCCGUCCCAUCAGCGUUUGAGUGCUCGACUCGCGAGAUCUUUCCCGAUGAUCAUCCUGGGUCCUUCAUCCAGCUACCAGACGGACGCUUUGUAUGGUCCACCUUCUAUCACUUCCAGUGGGAUCUGAACUAUUCCAAUCCCGCAGUAUUCCGAGCGAUGGCGGCCGAGAUGCUCUAUUUGGCCAAUAUUGGAGUCGACUUCUUCCGCAUGGACGCUGUAGCCUUCAUGUGGAAACAGAUGAACACCGACUGCGAGAACCUCCCGGAAGUGCACAAGCUGCUCCGGGCCUUCAACGCGCUCUGUCGCAUCGCCGCCCCGUCCGUGCUUUUCAAGUCCGAAGCAAUCGUCCACCCCGAUUUUGUGGUCCAAUACGUUGACAAGUACGAAUGCCAACUCUCCUACAACCCUCUUCAGAUGGCCUUGACGUGGGAAGCACUGGCCACAAGGGAUGUCUCCAUGCUCUCUCAAGCAAUUGAACGGAGGCAUAACAUCGCCCGCGGCUGUGCAUGGGUCAACUACGUCCGCUCCCACGACGAUAUAGGCUGGACCUUCUCCGACGAAGACGCCCGAGAACUAGGCAAAGAAGGCGCCAACCACAGGAAAUUCCUGAACGCUUUCUUCGUCAACCGCCACCCUGGCAGUUUCGCCCGCGGCGUGCCCUUCCAAGAUAACCCGCGGACAGGCGAUUGCAGGAUAUCAGGCACGACGGCAUCCUUGGCCGGGCUGGAGUCGAUGCAGGACCAUGCAAUCGAACGCAUCCUCAUGGCAUACUCUAUCGCCAUGUCCACGGGCGGCAUCCCCCUGAUCUACCUGGGCGACGAAGUCGGCCAGCUCAACGACUACAGCUACCUCAACGACCCGGCCAAGAUGGACGACUCCCGCUGGGUCAACCGUCCUUUCUACCCGGAAAGCCGGUACGCCGAGCGACACGACCCCUCCACCAUCCCUGGGAAGAUCUAUGCGGGCAUCAGGCAUCUCAUUCGACUGCGCAGGGCGACCGAGGAACUCGGCGGCGGGAGGGCGGUCGGCUUCUACACGGGCAAUCCCACGAUCUUGGGGUACCAGAGACCCGGGCAGAGUUCGAGCGUGCUUUGCUUGUGCAACUUCUCGGAUGAGAGUCAGUGGAUCGGGCGCGAUAGGUUUCUGAGCAUGCCGGUCGAGGCGAUCGAUCUGGUCAGUGGGUAUGUGAUUAAUUUGAGGGAGGCGGGCAUUCACAUGAAGCCGCAUCAGUAUGUGUGGUUGAGGUUUUGA